GCGAGCUCCUCAUCGCCGGAGUCGGCGUGGCAGGCUACCUGCGCCGCCCUGACCUGGAUGCUGCGAAGUUCCUCCACCUUGAGCUGUCGGAUGGUUUCAAAAGCCUCGUCUUCGUGACGGGCGAUCGCAUCCGGCACACAGCCGCAGGGGAGCUGGAAUUCCUUGGCCGGAAGGACCACCAGGUGAAACUUCGAGGCUUCCGUGUGGAGCUCGGAGAGGUGGAGAGCAAGUUGGCCGAGCAUCCGGAGGUGGCAACUGCAGUUGUUCUACUCUCCGAACACGGUGACUCUCCUGAGUUGUGGGCGUUCGUUGCCACGGCAUCACGUGCGAGCAUGCAAGGAUACCAGUCGACUCUCCGCAGCAGCCUCCGGAACCGGUGCGCGGAGGAGUUGCCCAGCCAUGCAAUCCCACAGCGGCUCGCGAUUCUGGAUGGCCUUCCCCUUUUGCCCAGUGGAAAAAUCGAUCGACAGAAGUUGCUGGCAGGUCCGCCACCACCGCCCCUUGCCGAUGCCACUGCCAAGAUUUCCUUGACGGAGGUGGAAGGAUCGCUUCGGCAGACGGUGGCUGAACUGGUGGAACGAGCCACCGGUGUGGCGGUGGAGGACUCGGAAGAGCUGACUGCGCUGGGCAUCGACUCGGUGAGUGCUGUGCCUCUUGCAGAACUGCUGUCCACAAGCAUUCUGCACGGUGCCGCGGUGCCUCUGGAAGACCUCUAUGUCUACAGCACGAUGGCUUCGCUCUGCGUCUACUUGGAAGGUCGCCUUGAGGACAUUGGGACUUCGAAGAGGUCCAGCACCGGACGGCGCUAUGCCGAGAUCAAGAAGGGUCGUGCACAAAAUUCCGCGGGUGCUGGCCAUUCCGCAAAGGCGGUCAAGAUGCAUCCGGGCCUGGAGGCCUGCCGAGCCGGCGACGCCUCCGCGCUGAAAGCCGAGCUGGCAUCGGGAAGCUUCGACGCGGCCUCCACGCUCGACCGCUUCGGUGGGAGCGGAUUGCAUUGGGCCGCUAGCGGUGGCCACUUAGAA